AUGAACACAAUAAAAUGGAUCAUACUCAUUCUUUGCUUUGUUGGGUGGUAUUUUUUAAUUAAAAACCAAUCAAUUUCAUCUUUGGAACUAUUGUUUGAAUAUCCUUAUCAAGGAAAUUGGCAGUCUGAAUUAAAUGCUGUUCCUUUAAUAACAGAUAUUGAUGGUGAUGGAAAGAAUGAUCUUGUUGUUGCACCUUUUAUGUCACAAAAAAUUUCUAUAUAUUCAUUUAAUCAUGGGAAUUUAAUUUUAAAGAAAGAAGUCUCUCUUCCCAAUAAUACUAAUGCAAUUUAUUUAACAAGUGGCUAUGACAAAAAGUACAAAGAAAAUCUACGAAGGGAACAAGUUAUUAUUGUUGUUUUAAGAAAUUUUGAGGUUAGGUGUUAUACUUCUGAUUUAAAAUUACGAUGGAAACAACAAGUGUAUUCUUCAAUUGCACAACCAUAUGUCCAAGAAGUAAGUGCAGUUGUUAUACCAUAUCAAAUACAAACCAAAUAUCAAGGAGCAGUUAUUACAGCAUUUAGAACAUCAAACGAUAAAGCGUUUGUUGGAAAUAGAGCUGAUACAGCAUUUGAGCAGGAUGAAAGAUAUAGUUUCGGUAAACCAAUAUUUGAACAAAAUGAAAUAAGUAUGGAUGAUGGUGGAUUUGUUCCUGAGUUAAUUGAACAUAUGAAUUAUUAUGCAUUCAGUCUAAAAGAUGGACAAGUUAUUUGGCAACAUGAAAGAGAUGAUGAAGACCAAAAUGAUUUACAAUUAAUUCAUCAAGAAGACUAUAUAGAAGUAUAUAAGAAUCUAAAAAUGGAUAAAAGUAUAUUACAUGAUUUCGAUACUGUUCAAUGGCAUGAAUUCCAUGAUUGUAUAUUCCAGAAUUUGCCUCAUAUAUGGGCAUCAUAUUAUGAUACUCAUAUUGUUCCUGCACAUUUUAGUAGAGAUAUUAUUAAUAAUCCAACAGAAUAUAUUCGUCCUAACCAUUCAAUUUAUAAUAGUUUUAAUCAAUUUGAUCUUAUUAAGAAUCCUAAUGUUCUUGUUAUACAUCAUAUGAAUGGAAUUGAAGUUAUUCAUCUUUUUACUGGAAAGCCAUUACUUCACGUUACUUUACUAACUUCAACCAUAUCUGCUGCGUCUUCGUUUGCAGAUAUUGAUGGAGAUGAUGCACUAAACGAAGUAUACACUCAUACUAAUUUACAAUAUAAUGAAUUAGAACGAACAGAAGAUGACUAUUCAUGUUAUGUCCAUGCCACAGUAGUAAAUACCAAUGAUGAUUUAUUUUCAUUUAACCUUUGCGAACAGCAAAAAAGAUUUAACUUAUUUAGAAAAUCAUUAAAUUCAGAAAAACAAUUCUUUCAAAUUUUACCUCCUUUAUUAAUUCCAAGUGAUGGUAAAGCACAUGAUGGUAGACCAACAUAUGAUAUUUAUACAUUAAAUAGUAAUGGACUAUUAACUGCACUUCAUAAUGAUGGAACAUUAUUAUGGUAUAAAUUCUUACCAGUUAAUUGGGAAUUAAACCAAUUAGAUUUAACUACUUUUAAACCAAGUUUUCAGUUAUUCCCAUAUUCAUAUAAAGGCCAAGUGUCUUCUUUUAUUUAUGUUCAAGGAGAUAAUGAAAUUUGUAUAUCAGACUUAAAAGGAAAUCUAAUUGGCACAGAAAAGUUAAAAACAAAAAUGAAACCAAUUAUGCCACCAAUAUUUGGUGAUUUAACAAAUGAUAUGAAAACUGACAUUUUAUUUAUUACUGAACACUCUCUAGUUGCUUAUCGUUUUGAACUACUUCCUUCUAUUGAAUUUUUACCUAUUUGCAUUUCAUUUAUUGUCUUAAUGAUGUCUUACAACAUUUAUUUAGUAGUAAUAAAUUACUAUAAAAAGAUGGAAUAA